GAGGACGCAGACGACGGGGAAUUUGGGGGAGGUGUUCGACAGCGAGGUCGUGCCGUCGUCGCUCGUCGAGAUCGCUCCGAUCCUCCGUGUGGCUAAUGAAGUCGAGCUGAGGAACCCUAGGGUUGCUUAUCUAUGCAGGUUUUAUGCAUUUGAGAAAGCUCACAGAUUGGAUCCAACUUCAAGUGGGCGUGGUGUUCGUCAGUUCAAGACUGCACUUUUGCAAAGAUUGGAAAGGGAUAAUGAACCCACUCUAAGGGAAAGGGGCAGGACCAGCGAUGCACAAGAAAUGCGUAGCUUUUAUAAGAAUUACUACAAAGAAUAUAUUCAAGCACUGCAAAGUGCUGCUGAUAAGGCUGAUCGUGCUCGACUUACUAAAGCGUACCAAACUGCUGCUGUCCUAUUUGAGGUUCUAAGGGCUGUCAACCUGACUCAGUCACUUGAAGUUGAUAAUGAGAUUUUAGAAACACACACCAAGGUUGAGGAGAAAACAAAGAUAUUAGUGCCAUACAAUAUUCUUCCUCUCGAUCCUGAUAGUGCAAACCAGGCUAUCAUGCGUUAUCCUGAGAUUCAAGCUGCUGUUGGUGCUCUUCGCAAUACUAGGGGCUUACCAUGGCCCAAGGACCAUGUGAAGAAGGCAGAUGAAGAUCUUCUUGAUUGGCUACAAGCAAUGUUUGGUUUUCAGAAAGAUAAUGUUUCUAAUCAAAGAGAACAUCUGAUUUUGUUGCUAGCUAAUGUCCAUAUUCGCCAAUUUCCAAAGCCUGAUCAGCAACCGAAGUUGGACGAGAGUGCAUUAACUGCCGUGAUGAAGAAACUCUUUAGGAACUACAAGAAGUGGUGCAAGUAUUUGGACCGUAAGAGUAGCCUCUGGUUGCCAACUAUUCAGCAGGAUCAGCAGCGGAAACUUUUUUAUAUGGGUCUAUAUCUUCUUAUAUGGGGUGAAGCUGCAAAUUUGCGAUUCAUGCCCGAAUGCCUUUGCUACAUCUAUCAUCACAUGGCAUUUGAACUAUAUGGCAUGCUGGCUGGGAAUGUAAGCGCAAUGACUGGUGAGAAUAUAAAACCAGCCUAUGGAGGCGAUGAGGAAGCAUUUUUAAAAAAAGUUGUGACUCCCAUUUACAAGACAAUAGCAAAGGAGGCAGAGAAGAGCAAGAGGGAAAAAUCCAAACAUUCUCAAUGGAGAAACUAUGAUGACUUGAAUGAAUAUUUUUGGUCAGUUGACUGUUUCCGCUUAGGUUGGCCGAUGCGCGCUGAUGCUGAUUUCUUUAGUCCACCUCCAAAUUCACAUGGGGAGAAAAAUGAGGAGAAAUCACCUAGCGUAGAUCGCUGGAUUGGGAAAAUCAAUUUUGUCGAGAUUCGUUCAUUUUGGCAUAUAUUUCGCAGUUUUGACAGAAUGUGGAGUUUCUUUGUCUUAUCUCUACAGGUCAUGAUUAUCUUGGCUUGGAAUGGUGGCUCACCAAGUGAUAUCUUUGAUUAUGGAGUAUUCAAGCAGGUGUUGAGCAUCUUCAUAACUGCUGCUAUACUUAAGCUGGGACAAGCUGUCCUCGAUAUCAUCCUUAGCUGGAAAGCAAGAAUGAGCAUGUCUUUUGCAGUUAAGCUGAGGUAUAUUUUAAAGGUCGUUUCGGCAGCUGCUUGGGUGAUAGUUUUACCUGUGACCUAUGCCUAUACUUGGGAGAAUCCCACUGGACUGGCAAGGACUAUCAAGAGUUGGAUAGGAAAUGGGCAACAUCAGCCCUCUCUUUACAUUUUGGCAGUGCUCAUAUACUUGUCUCCAAACAUGCUUUCUGCUUUACUCUUCCUUUUUCCUUUUAUGAGAAGGGUACUGGAAAGUUCGGACUAUAGGAUUGUAAUGCUUAUGAUGUGGUGGUCUCAGCCACGUCUGUAUGUUGGAAGGGCAAUGCAUGAGAGCGCAUUUUCACUUUUCAUGUACACAAUGUUCUGGGUGCUGCUGCUUGUCACAAAGUUGACAUUUAGCUAUUAUAUCGAGAUCAAGCCUCUUGUUGAACCUACCAAAGAUAUCAUGAGGGUGCCCAUCACGACUUUCCAGUGGCAUGAGUUUUUUCCCCGAGCUAAGAACAACAUCGGUGUUGUUAUUGCACUAUGGGCGCCAAUUGUUCUUGUUUAUUUCAUGGAUACCCAGAUCUGGUAUGCGAUUUUCUCCACAUUAGUCGGCGGCAUGUAUGGUGCAUAUCGUCGUUUGGGUGAGAUUCGAACUUUAGGGAUGUUAAGAUCUCGAUUUCAGUCACUGCCUGAUUGUCUUAAUGAAUAUUUAAUGUUUCAGAUACCUCCUAGUAAUAAAGAGAAGGAAGCAGCAAAAUUUGCUCAAAUGUGGAACAAAAUCAUUACUAGUUUCCGAGAUGAAGAUCUCAUAAGCAACAGGGAAAUGGACUUGUUGCUUGUUCCAUACUGGGCAGAUCGGGAUUUGGACCUUGUCCAGUGGCCUCCAUUUUUACUUGCUAGCAAGAUCCCGAUUGCACUAGACAUGGCUAAAGACAGCAAAGGUAAAGAUCGUGAUCUGAAAAAGAGACUCGAUGCUGAUGAUUAUAUGGCUUGUGCUGUUCGUGAGUGUUAUGCAUCUUUUAAGAACAUUAUUAACCACUUAGUUGAAGGUUCUCGCGAGAAGGAAGUUAUACAGGAAAUAUUUGAGGAGGUUGACAAGCACAUAGCGGAAGAUACGCUGAUAAAAGAAUUAAAAAUGAGUGCUCUUCCAGCUCUUAGCGACAAAUUUAUCAAAUUAAUUAAACAUCUUAUGGAUAAUAAACAAGAAGACAGGGAUCAGGUUGUCAUACUUUUCCAAGAUAUGCUGGAAGUUGUGACCAGGGAUAUAAUGGAUGAGCAAAUUUCAGGUUUGCUAGAUUCCAGCCAUGGUGGAUCAUAUGGGAGGUAUGAGGGGAUGACACUUAAUGAUAAAAAAGAACAGUUAUUUGCUCCAGCUGGGGCAAUUAAGUUUCCCUUGCCAGAAUCAGAUGCUUGGACAGAGAAAAUCAAGAGGCUUUAUCUGCUGCUCACUGUGAAGGAGUCUGCAAUGGAUGUCCCGUCCAAUUUGGAAGCUAGAAGACGCAUUUCUUUCUUCAGCAAUUCUCUGUUUAUGCAUAUGCCUGAUGCACCCAAAGUUCGGAAUAUGCUUUCCUUUUCCAUUUUGACACCCUAUUACACGGAGGAGGUUCUCUUUCCUCUACGUGACCUAGAUGAACCAAACGAAGAUGGAGUUUCCAUCCUUUUCUAUUUGCAGAAAAUUUAUCCAGAUGAAUGGACCAAUUUCCUUGAGCGAACAAAUUGCAAAUCUGAGGAAGAUCUUAGGCAAAGGGAAGAUCUGGAAGAAGAGCUUCGACUGUGGGCAUCAUAUAGGGGCCAAACUCUGACUCGAACUGUCAGAGGUAUGAUGUACUAUCGAAAAGCUCUGGAAUUGCAGUCUUUUCUUGAUAUGGCCAAGGAUGAAGAUCUUAUGGCAGGCUAUAAAGCAAUGGAAUUAACUUCUGAGGAAAGUUCAGGAAGAUCUUUGUGGACUCAAUGCCAGGCUGUAGCUGAUAUGAAGUUCACAUAUGUUGUAUCCUGCCAGCAAUAUGGAAUUCAAAAACGGUCUGGCGAUCAACGUGCACAAGAUAUUCUAAAACUGAUGAGCACGUAUCCAUCAUUACGAGUGGCUUAUAUUGACGAGGUUGAAGAACCUCGCGGAGAUAGAACAGUUGAGAAGGUCUAUUACUCUGCUUUAGUGAAGGCUGCUUUACCAAAAACUGAUAAUGCGGCGGAGGCAGUACAAAAUCUUGAUCAGGUCAUAUAUAGAAUAAAGCUCCCAGGUCCUGCUAUUCUGGGGGAAGGCAAGCCAGAAAAUCAGAAUCACGCCAUUAUAUUUACACGCGGUGAAGGUUUACAGACUAUAGACAUGAACCAGGACAACUAUCUGGAAGAGGCCUUGAAAAUGCGAAAUUUGCUGCAAGAGUUUCUGCAUAAACAUGACGGUGUGAGACAUCCAUCUAUACUUGGAGUUAGGGAGCACAUAUUUACUGGGAGUGUUUCUUCUCUUGCAUGGUUCAUGUCGAACCAGGAGACUAGUUUUGUUACUAUUGGCCAACGGUUGCUUGCGAACCCUCUCAGGGUUCGAUUUCACUAUGGUCAUCCGGAUGUGUUUGAUAGACUAUUCCACCUCACAAGAGGAGGUGUAAGUAAAGCAUCCAAGAUAAUUAACUUGAGCGAGGACAUAUUUGCAGGUUUCAAUUCUACACUUCGUGAAGGCAGUGUUACUCAUCAUGAAUACUUGCAAGUUGGUAAGGGGAGAGAUGUGGGUCUUAAUCAGAUCUCACUAUUUGAAGCAAAGAUUGCAAAUGGGAAUGGAGAGCAGACACUGAGUCGUGAUAUUUAUCGUCUUGGACACCGUUUUGAUUUCUUUAGGAUGUUGUCCUGUUAUUUUACCACCGUAGGGUUCUACUUCAGUACCUUGGUGACGGUCAUUAUAGUGUACAUAUUUUUGUAUGGGCGACUCUAUCUUGUUCUUAGUGGACUUGAAGAAGGUCUAUCAACUGGUAGAAGGUUUAGCCAUAACCAACCCCUACAGGUUGCUCUUGCUUCGCAAUCUUUUGUGCAACUAGGAUUUCUCAUGGCUCUACCUAUGAUGAUGGAAAUCGGUCUUGAAAAAGGAUUUCGUAAGGCAUUAAGUGAAUUCAUCCUGAUGCAGUUGCAGCUAGCUUCUGUUUUCUUUACAUUUUCUCUUGGAACCAAGACCCACUACUAUGGCAGGACAUUGCUUCAUGGUGGUGCUGAAUAUAGAGGUACUGGUCGUGGGUUUGUCGUUUUCCAUGCCAAGUUUGCCGACAACUACAGGCUCUACUCUCGUAGCCAUUUUGUGAAGGGAAUUGAGCUAAUGAUCUUGCUUGUCGUUUAUGAAAUCUUUGGACAAUCGUAUAGAUCUGGAGUUGCAUACAUAUUUAUCACUUUUUCUAUGUGGUUUAUGGUGGGAACCUGGCUAUUUGCACCUUUUCUGUUCAACCCGUCCGGCUUCGAGUGGCAAAAGAUAGUUGAUGACUGGACCGAUUGGAAUAAGUGGAUCAGCAAUCGUGGAGGAAUUGGUGUAUCAGCAGAGAAAAGUUGGGAGUCUUGGUGGGAUAAGGAGCAAGAGCAUCUGAAGUAUUCUGGGAUUCGUGGGAUCAUUGCUGAGAUUUUGUUAGCAUUACGAUUUUUUAUCUAUCAGUAUGGGCUUGUCUAUCACUUGAACAUAACAAGAAAGACUAAAAGCAUCCUGGUUUAUGGAAUUUCUUGGCUUGUGAUAUUUGCUGUACUGCUUGUCAUGAAGACGGUAUCUGUAGGAAGGAGGAGAUUCAGCGCAAAUUUUCAGCUUGUUUUUCGGCUGAUCAAAUUUCUGAUCUUUGUGACAUUUGCGUCCAUUUUGAUUACUUUGAUAGCCAUCCCUGGUAUGACACUUCAAGACAUAAUUGUAUGCAUCCUUGCAUUCAUGCCGACUGGUUGGGGUAUACUCUUGAUUGCACAGGCUCUUAAGCGAGUUGUUCGCAGAGCUGGGUUAUGGGGAUCGAUACGUGCACUUGCACGUGGAUAUGAAAUCAUAAUAGGAUUACUCCUUUUCACUCCGAUUGCAUUUUUGGCGUGGUUCCCAUUUGUUUCUGAAUUCCAAACCAGGAUGCUCUUCAACCAAGCUUUCAGUAGAGGUCUGCAGAUUUCUCGUAUUCUUGGUGGGCAAAGAAAAGAACACUCAUCUCGCAACAAGGAUUAAGAUAAGCCUCAGCAGAUGUUUAUUUGUCUGUUGUAAAUCUAUUGUAAUUUAGUACAUCUUAUUAUUAUAAUUGUAUGUCAGGACAAUCAGCAAUGCGAACGCAUUGUUAGGUUAGAACGCAGUCUCUUUCCUUGUAUGGAAAGAUGCUGUAAGCUGUAUGAUAUUAGUAUUUUCAUGUUUAUUAGUUGUGUAUUUGUGGUGAACUUUUGUGUCUUACACAAUCCUUGGCCAAAUUUUGUUACUAGAUUAUAUCCUAGUUUUUGGCGGGCAACAUAGCUUUCUGCUUACUUA